UAAAAAGUCGUGAUGUGGCUACAUCAACCCUGAGUAAUCCUCACACACCCACUCCGUUAAGCCUCCCGCAAUCUCGACACAAUUAAAGAAUCUAGCUGUCAGUUCUAAUAAGUCUCUUUAUGUCGUCUAGAAUCAGUUUCCACCUGGAGAAAAUAUGUUUUAUUGUUUAAAUAAUGGCGGCUGUUAGCGCUUAGAGCUGUGUUUUAGGGCGGGGCCUCGCCUUUUUUUCCUCCUUUUACGCACACCUGGAUUCCGGAAGCGCUCUCACGUCAGAGGGAGAGGCUGUCAUUGUUCAGAGGAAUGGCUCAGGAAUUAACCCAGGAAUCCUGCCCGACUUGAUCGGUGCGUAUAAAUGCAUCAACGCAGAGACAGGUAGCCGCAGAACAACCCUGACCGUCUGGAGAAGGAUCUCUAACUGGACUGAAGUGACCUGAGAUUUAUUUUAUAAUCAAAACAUGAGUAUUUUACCCAACGAGGAGGCAUUUGAGGACUUCAAGAGGCAAUGUUUGGCCUCCGAAAACUGGCUGAAAAAGUAUGACGAUAGUGGAAGGCAAGUUUGGAUCGAAGUUCUUCCAGACAAGGGGAUCAACUCACCCAAAGUCCAUAAAAUCAAGUGCAGAAUGAGCAUCGAAGAUGUGCCGGCUGCCACCAUGUACGACGUGAUUCAUGACGGUCAGUACCGCAAGGAAUGGGACACCAACAUGAUGGAGAGUUAUGACAUCGCCCGGCUCUCUGACAAUGCGGAUGUGGGCUACUAUUCAUGGCGCUGUCCAAAGCCGAUAAAGAACAGAGACGUGGUGACUCUGCGUUCAUGGCAGGUGAAGGGGGACGAGUACAUUGUCAUGAACUUCUCUGUCAAACACCCGGACUUUGCGGUAAAAAACAAAUUUGUAAGAGCAGUGUCAAUCCUGACUGGUUAUUACGUCAAAGCUACAGGACCAAACAGCUGUAUUUUCAUUUAUCUUUCACAAGCUGACCCAAAAGGUUCUCUUCCAAAAUGGGUGGUGAACAAAGCGUCCCAAGUCCUCGCUCCUCGGGUGUUGAAUAGCGUGCACCAGGCGGGAAAGAACUACCCGGCGUGGAAAAAGAAGAACUCUCCCGACAUGAAGGCCUGGCUCAACCCGAAGCAGAACAAGCUCUCCUACAUGGACCCUGCCUUGCUGUCCAUACAGAAAGCAGACUCUCUCGAAAACGUGGAUGAAAGCUCCAAACUGGAUGGUCAGGACGCUGAAGACAGCAGCUAAAAGUCGCACAAGUGAAAAAGGAAAGGUGGCCGAUAAGAGAGAGUGGGGGUGACCUGUACAUAGUGUUUUUUUAAGAGAGACUUUAAGACUCCCAGCUUUCUGCGACAUCACCUCAAUCCUUCAGUUUUAUAUCAGUGUGCCUUACAGAAGUAUGAAGUGUUUACAAACGUCUUAAUGCAGAAAAGAGCUCAGAUCAAGGUACCAGUCACCUCUUUGAAUCUAAGCUUGUGUACAGGAACAGAGGUGGUGGAUAUUUUUAAAGAAGCACAAUACAACGGGUCUUUGGCCAGGGUAUUUAUUUUCUACUUAUGGAAAAAAAAAAAACACAAAGCUUAAUGUGAAAGGAAACGGAGUACGACUGUUAGAUAUUGGCAUAUUUUUGGUGUCUGUAAACUAAAAAUUAGACCAUGCUCAGUCUUAAUUCCUAAAAUGCAACUUUCUGUUAGAACCUCAGAGACUUCCUUUAUUUUUUAAACUCAUGCAUAUGGCCAGUUAAAAUGACACAACGCAGGUUUCAUGCUAGCAUGUUGACAGAAAUUUGGCCGUUUUUCAGGAAAAUACUGUGUACUAGUUAAUUAUUGACCGGCUAGAUUUGUCCCCUUCAAUGUGUAAUGAAGAAGUUGUGCAAUCAAAUGAAGUGCAAUGGAGUAACAUAUGCCAAAGUCAUUCUCUCAAAGAGAAACAUUUUAUGUAAAUAGCAAUAUUGGUUAACAAUUUGGGUUUGGUUGAAACCAUGUGAAAUAUUUGGUAAAGUUUAUUUAUUACACUAAACUGAUGAAGCCAGGAUUGUAAUGACGCCUGUUUGGCUGAAGGUUUGUUUUUUCUUUUUUUAUGUUCUCAGAAUAUUUCAGGUUGACUUUUCAAAAUAAAGCAAACAAAGCCUGACAUACCACAGUGAUCCCUACUGACGGGAUUCCUCGUACGAGGUCAGUUUCUCUACAGACCGAGUGGAACGAGUUCUGUGACUCGUUCUGGAACAAACCAGUUCGUUCUCAGGUCUGGUGCCAGUUCUUCCAGUGCACAGAAAAGCUUUCAGCCCGGGUCAUUCAUCUUUUAUGUGCCACGUUGCGUUUACGAAAAACGUCAAAUCAUAAUGAGUCGAGUUUAAAUGAUCAACCUAAAAUUACACAGUCUUUUAAUAAACAUUUGCGCAAAUGCUUGGCAAACUUUUUUAAAACGUACAGAAUGUUUCUUGGUACAGUUUGGCAAACAUUGUUUUUGUCCUUUUCUAUUGAUUUUAACAAGUACUGGUAUCAAUCCAAUUAAUCUACAAAGAAAUCUAAAAUUAUUCCACAAACUAUGUGAUGAAGUAUUUAAAUCAAUCCUGCACUUUGCUGACGGUUUGGCACAUAAAGCAUGCAAUGCUGGGUAACAACUAAGAACUUCCUCAACAUCUUUGCAGCCUUAUUGUUGCAACACACAACACAUUUUUGACAAAUGCAUUUGUCAAAAAUGCAUUUCUGAAUGUGUAAGUAUCACUUAAUUUCUGUGGUCGCACUGCACAAGACUCCACUGCUGAAGAAAAAGCAUGUAGAAGUAUGCUUCAAGGGAUAAAGCUAAAAAUUGGGACGAGCUAAAAAA